AAGAAACUACAACUUUCGAUGUGAUCCCAUCUUUUCCCAGUUAGCGUGAGACCCCCGGAUUCGACUUCCAUCGACUGGUCUCCCUUCCCUCUCCACCCUUCACUUUCCUCGCGAGGAUGAGGCCGUGCGCCAGCACCAAUCCAGGUCCGCAGCGUCAGCGCCCCGUUGACUCGUGCGCCCACGUGGUGCCAUCGUGCACUUUGAGCGGUCGAUAUUUGGAUUGCAGCAUUCCAAUCUUCCAAGCUUCUAACUAAAUUCCUUUCCCCUCCAAUUAUCUGAUCGACGGGAACCCGCUUGGAAGCGCGCGUUCUCCUUUUCCCCCCCAGUCAUGUUGGCCUCUUCCCCCUCGCCUUCCUCCGCGGCCUUGCGAUCCCCUCACCCCCAUCCACACCCGCACCCACUUCCUCACCCAGCCGGAGCUGCGGCGCAUUAUGAUCCCUCGUCUGCUCCACAAUUCAAUAGUCCUCGCUCGUCGCGCCUGGCCAUUGAGGAGCUCCGCUCGGCCUUGAAUCGCCAUACCGUCGAUCCUUCCUCUCCUGAAUCUCCUGCAUCUUGGAGACGGCGCGUAUCAACCGUAUCAACGGCGUCCACCACCGCCUCCGUCGAUAACCUUGCCCCCAGCUCCGCCUUGGCUCUCACCUCCGGUUCUUCCGCCGCCACUCCUGCUUCCACCGUCCCUACUGAGCCCGCAGCCGCGACUGCCCCUGUGAAUAUUCCGCCCCCCACCGCCGCAUCUCCUGCCUCCGCUGCUGCUGUCACGGUCACCACUCCCUCGAUGCCCGCCCCGGACAGUUCGGGUUCCAACAAGCGCAACAGCCAGUGCGACCAUCACCCGCCAGAUGCGACGGUGCCGGCGGGGUCUGCUCAGGAUGGAGAGCCACCGCAGUUCAAGCGCAGGCGGUCCUCCCGGCAGGACGUUAAGGUCCUGCCUGCACAGUAUGAGGAAGUCGAUCCUCGUGACUUGGUGGUGCUGAUUUCCAGCAUGCUGAUGGAGCUGAUUCGCUUCAACGAUAAGAUCCCCUUGCAUCAGGGGCGCUUAACUCGCUUCCACUCACGUUCGCCACCUCGGAUCUCCGUGUUGGAUUAUCUGCAACGUCUGACUACCCACGCUACCCUGUCGCCCCCAAUAUUGCUCAGCAUGGUCUACUACAUUGAUCGCCUCUGCGCCUUGUACCCGGCCUUUACGGUCUCCAGUCUGACUAUCCAUCGUUUCUUGAUCGUCAGUGCCACGGUGGCUAGCAAGGGUCUUAGCGACAGUUUCUGGACGAACAAAACGUAUGCACGAGUCGGGGGUAUCACCAUGAACGAAUUGGCCAUGCUGGAACUUGAAUUUUUGUUCAAGGUCCAGUGGCGAAUCGUACCACAACCAGAGGUGCUGGAGGACUACUACCAGAGCCUCAUUGAGCGAUGCGAUGGCUUCGAAAUCGAGCGCACCAGUGCAAAUCACAGCACUCCACAGACGUCUACGACAACGGCCGCUAAUACGCCGUCAGCAUAAAAGGGUCUCCGGUUGAUUCUUGUUCGGAAUAUUAUACCCGACCAAAAGCCUGACCUCCUCUAUCUCUUCCAUUAUCCAUUCUCCCGCAUCUAGGGUCCUUGGGCUGGUCUCGAGUUCCUUCCGGAUGCCGGAGCUGCUGGCCCUUCAAUUCACCACCACCACAUCUUCUUCUCUCCUCAUCCCUCUCCUCCUUCUUCUUUAUCCCGAUUUGCUUUUUGCGACCUGAUCUUAAUGAACCCAUUAUGUUGCAUUCCAGGGAGGGCGUUGUUUCUAACAGCCGCACCCGCCAUGCUCGUGAUCUGUCCAGCUAGUCAGGAGACGCGCAUUACAUGGCGCGGUCACCAGUAGAAGGGGUUAUAUCUUAGCAUACCCACGGGCGGGACGUGAUUUGUAUCAUGUUUACAGCGGUUCAUUUGAAGCGGAUGAUUCUGGCGUUUUUUAUUGUUUUAUGAGAUGACAAGGCGUUAUCUACGGCUAAACACCACAAAAUUUACCCCGUUCUCUACUAUAUACUACAGUCCUUUACAAUACCUUGUAGAAUUCUUUUCGUUCCUGUUUGGCUCCUUUGAUGUAUCCAUCGGAACAGCCUUUUUCCAUCAAAAUUUUGUUUUCCCUGCCGUAUGCAAAACAG